AAAAAUAAAAUUUGCUAACUGCUCAUUAAUAUGAUCAUCACUCUUCUCUCCUCUCACUGUCAUCUCUUCCCUUCCAUGUGACGAUUAUGGUGGAUACUUGUGCUUCGUCUUCUUCUUCCUCGCACCGCUAGAUCCUCCAGAAAUCUAUUGUCCUCCGCCGUGCUAGAUUCCCGCCAGAUCCGCCGCCGGGAAAUGCUCGCCGCCUGAGAGAGCUGCAUUUGCCGCUCGGACCUGAUAUUCCGUGGAUUUAUCGGUCCAUACAUCCAUCCAUCCGAGAUGAUGAUCUCCAGUCCCGUCACUCCAGGACAGGUGUCCUUUCUGGUUGGGUUAGUGCCUGUCAUUGCCGCUUGGAUCUACUCCGAGCUUCUGGAACGCAGGAAGAAAGCAACCUCGUCCAAAGUGAAUUCUGAUGUCAACUUGGUUGAGCUUGGAGAUGGUGCGGUUAAGGAAGAUGAUAGAGCUCUUUUGUUGGAGGGUGGAGGUCUUCAGUCAUCCUCUCCCCGAGCUCGGAGCUCAUCUAGCUCUUCACCUAUUUUCAGAUUCCUCACCAUGGAUGAGUCUUUCCUGAUUGAGAAUCGCCUUAUUCUUAGGGCCAUAUCAGAAUUUGGUGUACUUCUAGCAUACUACUACUUAUGUGACCGUACAGAUUUUUUUGGUUCAUCGAAGAAGAGUUACAAUAGGGAUCUUUUCUUGUUUCUGUACUUUCUCCUCAUUAUAGUCUCAGCGAUGACUUCUCUCAAGGUGCAUAAUGAUAAGUCACCAAUAUCUGGCAAAUCCAUUCUUUAUCUGAACAGACAUCAAACAGAGGAGUGGAAAGGUUGGAUGCAGGUAUUGUUUUUAAUGUACCACUACUUUGCAGCAGCAGAGAUAUAUAAUGCAAUUCGGAUUUUUAUUGCUGCAUAUGUCUGGAUGACUGGAUUUGGGAAUUUCUCGUAUUAUUAUGUCCGCAAAGAUUUUAGUCCUGCCAGAUUUGCACAGGUAUUUGGUCUUCUAGAGAUGAAUUUUCUUGCCAUCCUCCUCCUAUAUAAGCAUGCUCCUCUGAUCAAAUAUCUUAUUGUGGAACAGAUGAUGUGGCGGCUGAAUUUCUUGGUGCUAUUUUGCUGCAUCAUCCUCAACAACAACUACAUGCUCUACUAUAUCUGCCCCAUGCACACACUUUUCACGCUCAUGGUUUAUGGAGCACUUGGUAUCUUGAACAAAUACAAUGAAGUUGGGAUAGCAAUUGCUUUAAAAAUCAUCGCUUGCUUUGUGGUUGUUAUUUUUAUCUGGGAAGUGCCUGGAGUUUUUGAAAUAGUUUGGAGCCCAUUCACGUUUCUUCUUGGCUAUUCCGACCCUGAUCCUUCGAAACCACAGCAUCCUCUAUUACGUGAGUGGCAAUUCCGAUCAGGCCUUGAUCGCUACAUCUGGAUUAUCGGAAUGAUCUAUGCAUACUAUCAUCCAACUGUUGAGAGGUGGAUGGAGAAACUGGAGGAAGCUGAAGUUAAGCGCAGAAUUUCAAUCAAAGCAGUUGCCAUCCUUGUAUCAGUAACGGUAGGGUAUAUUUGGUACGAGCAUAUUUACAAGCUGGACAAGAUUACAUACAACAAAUACCAUCCGUAUACAUCAUGGAUCCCAAUUACUGUCUAUAUAUGCUUGAGAAACGUCACUCAGAGCAUGCGGAGCUACUCAUUAACCCUUUUCGCAUGGCUUGGGAAGAUAACCCUGGAGACCUAUAUCUCACAGAUCCACAUCUGGUUAAGAUCAGGGAUCCCAGAUGGCCAACCAAAAUUGCUGCUGUCAUUGAUUCCUGGCUAUCCAAUGCUGAACUUCAUGCUUACUACUUCGAUAUACGUUGCGAUCUCGUAUCGGCUCUUCGAACUUACAAACACACUGAAAAAUGCAUUCGUGCCAAGUAAAGACAACAAGCGCCUCACAAACAACUUGAUCACAGGGGUGGUGGUUGCAAGCAUCCUAUACUCCCUUUCCUUUGUAUUCCUGAAGUUCCCAAGAAUCUGGGUAUGAAGAUUUGAGAGGCAUAAACAUGUUGCCCAUGAGCUGAAAGAAGGAUUGUACCUUAGACUCUACACAAACAGAUGGAGAUGGUAGUUUUUCCACGAGGAAUACCGUCUCCAUAAAAGUGUUGAAAGCAAGAAGAAUUCGUCGGCUGUUUACGUCAGUUCGAUAGAGAAGGUGUUCUGAUCUUGGUAUAUACUGUAUAGGAUCUUGCAAUUACAGUGACCUCGAAUUGGAGGUUCCUUUCGGGCCACAAUCGAUCCACUCUGUACUAGUAUAAGAAAGCAAUAUAGAAAUGUAAUGGAGAGCUAUAGAGAGCUAUAGUUUCUCAUGUCCUGCGCUCUUCUCAGACUGUUUCAAUAUUUGUUUGGACGGCAAAA